GCCCCUGCGCGCCACACCUGCUCCAUGCGCUUUCCCCGCACUCCGGCGCCCGGCGCUGGCAGAGAGAGCGCACCGGGCUUCCGCCGUGGCGGUGGUGGCAACGUCCCUUGUCACUAUCGGCUGGCGAAAUCGGCAGUGCAGACUGCGCCGGGCGGCCUUCGUCACGCGAAAGCUGGGAUCCAGCUCGCUCACCGUGACGGAGCCAUGCCUGGGCACGAUGACUUGGGGUGUGCAGAACGACGAAGCGGAAGCCCACGAACAACUCGACUAUGCUGUGAAAGAGAGAGGCGUGAACUUCAUCGACACAGCAGAGAUGUACCCAGUCCCCAACUUCGACCCGCAAUGGUGUCCAGGCACCACGGAGGAGUACAUCGGAAACUGGCUGCACAAAAACCCGGACCUGCGCGACAAGGUGGUGCUGGCCACCAAGGUCGUCGGCUGCUGGCCAAAGUCCCGUGUGGCCGCGCGUCGGACGCUGCCCGAAGGGGAGGCCGACGACUAUCCUGAUGGUCGGUUGGAUGAAAAGUCAGUCUUGGAGGCCUGCGACGCGUCGCUCCGAAGAUUGAAGACGGAGUGUAUCGACCUUUAUCAGGUUCACUGGCCGGAUCGAUACGUCCCCAUCUUCGGCGGCACGGUGUACAAAGCAGAAAGCGAGCGAGAAGCUGUGCGAAUAGAGGAAACAGCUGGAGCUAUGAAGAAACUGCUGGAUGCCGGCAAGAUCAAGGCCUAUGGUGUGUCGAACGAGACGACUUUUGGCGUUUGUGAAUGGGCACGAGCUGCAGACAAACUGGGUAUGCCAGCCCCUGCCAGCAUCCAAAACGCACUCUCAAUGGUCGUCCGCCUCUUUGAAUAUGAGUUGGCCGAGGCUUGCUCACAGAGCAAUUUGAACAUUGGUUUGCUGGCCUACUCGAUCCUUGCAGGAGGCCUUCUCAGCGGAAAGUAUUUGCCAGGGAAGCCUGCGCCCCCGAAGGGCGCUCGGCACGUGAAGUAUCCGGAAUUCAUGUCAAGGUGGAACCCAUCGAAAGGAAUUCCUGAACUGUCAGAGGCAGUCGAGGCUUAUGCCAAGAUCGCGCAGGAAGCAGGCAUGUCCCUGACAGAUCUCUCCACGCGCUGGUGUCGCACGCGUUCCUAUUGCAAGCAUGGCUCAGUGAUCAUUGGGGCGACUUCCGUCGAACAGCUGAAGGAGAACCUUGACGCUUUCGAAGGUGAGGAGGGCCUCUCCGAGGAGGUCCUGCAGAAGAUCGAUGAUGUCCAUCUGAAACUUCGGAACCCGGGGACCUACCUUUGA